AUGGCGGUAGCACCUCCGCACGGAACCGCCUUUGAGGCCGCAAUCCAAGUCAAACCCAUUAACUCACAUCAAUACUCGGCCCAUCUCCGGCAGGAUUGGUGCAUCGGAGCUGCGACGCCACUUUUUUCGCUCUCGUCCCAUAAUUCCUACCAUACACUGACAAGGAACCACAAAACAGUGCCGCAUGGAGGCUAUACGAGUGCCAUCCUCUACCGCCUGGCGCUGACACACUUUGCUCAUACGCAUCCGCUGCAGUAUCGUGGUCCCGCCACACCGAUUGCCAUGCAACUGACCUUUCUGCGCCGGACGGCGGUGGGACCUGCCUUGCUCAACGUGCAGGAUGUCAAGAUCGGGUCGCGGACGAGUACGAUUCACGUGACUCUGACACAGCCCCGGAAUUCGGGCAGAGGGGCCGGUUCGGAGGAGGCCGCUCCGGAAGAGCAAGAGCUCAAGAUAGCGGGGUAUAUCACAGUCAGUCCAGCUCAUGCGGAGGUUGGGUUGACGGCCCCAACGGGCUGGAUGCCCCUGCCAAUGCCGGCAAGGGGGUCGCGGCCCGAUGGAGGUGUCGAUCUGGUGGCGUUGGGGGGGUCAGGGCGCGACGGCGAGUGGGAGCGGAUCAAACUGCCGUUUCCUGAGUUCCGGCGCGCGACGCAGCAUGUGGAUUUGUACGGUCCCCGACAGCCCAAGACCAUGGCGGCUGUGGAUCAGUGGGCUCGAUUCCGACCGGAGGGUGAUCAGACGGCGCGCUGGUCGAACGAAGCGUUGGUGUACCUGACUGAUACCUUUCCCCUCGCGUUGUCGGGGCUGGAUCAGAGGGCUGCGACGGCAGCAGGCGACGGCGAGGCCGGUGGUCGGCAUUGGUAUCCGACGGUGGCCUUGAACAUCGAUUUCAAGAAGCGGCUGCCAGCUACGGGGGAGGCCUGGUUGUACAGUCGAGUGCAAACGGUGUCGGUGCGGGACGGUCGGACGGACCUGGGGGUGACCGUAAUGGAUGCAGCGGGGCAGGUGGUGGCCGUGGCGACGCAGGUGGGCUUGGUGGUGAGCGCGAGCCGCAAUCUAGGACGUCAGCCGAAGUUGUAGAGGUCUUUGAAGGGGUCUCGAGUGUGUGUAUAUCAAUAGAUAAAGCAUCUAUAUCUUCAGUAAAGGUAUAUAGACAAAUGAAGAGAUAUACAUAAAUCUAUCUAGCUA